CUACAGAUAUACCACCACCUCAUUCAAUCCUGGAACCUGGCUUCCCUGUCCUGAUGAACUCCGACAACCCUGGUGUUUGCAAGGCAGCUCGCUUUGGGGUUUACAGAUACAACAACAGUUCCAAUGACCUCUUUCUGUUUAAGGAAUCGCAAAUAAACAAAGCCAUGGUACAGAUUGUCGGAGGGCUGAAGUACAUGCUCCACGUGGAAAUUGGAUGCACCAUGUGUGAGAAGAGGGAGCAUCCCAGUCUGGACAGCUGUCACUUCCAAAGGAAAAAAAAUCUGCAGCAGAUGCUGAGAUGCUAUUUUGAGGUCUGGAUGCCUUGGUUACAUAAAGCACAUGUCUCUGUUGCGCUCUGUCACUGA